AUGAUUGCAAACAAUAACCCUACCACUGCUUCCCACAGUGAAAUUAACAAUAGCACCUCUAUUACAAUAGCAACAACAUGUGGUGAAGGUGAUAAUAGACCUAAAUUUUCCUUCCGAAUUGAAACUGUCAAAAUUAAAGAAGAAAACAAUGAACAAUCUCUAGAAAUAGUGAAUGGUAAUUGGGAUAGAUAUUCAGGAGUGAAUGUUACACUUGAUGCGGUAAUUGAUAAUUUUGAAGAGUUGAUGAAAAAUUCAAUUCAAUAUUGGAUUCAUAAGAAGAGAAGAGGUGUUUGGGUUUAUGUUCAUACAGAUUAUUCCGAAUAUAUUCCAAUAUUAUUGAAAAAAUUCGAAUUUAAACUUCAUCACACUGAUGGAGACUUGCUCAUGUUGACAAGAUGGUUGCCUGAUGUAUACAACCCAGUUGACACAAACAAAAUUCCAAGAUAUUGUCAACACUAUGUUGGUGCAGGUAUUGUUAUUGACUUUGCCAAAAAUCAAAUUUUGCUCUGUUGUGAAAGACACCAAAUGAGAAAGCCAAAAGGAGCUACAGAUGAUUAUCAUUGGAAAGUACCAGGUGGAAGUGUUGAUAAUCCAGAUGAACAUAUCGGAGAUGGUGCUAUCAGAGAAGUUUUUGAAGAAACUGGAGUAAAGGCUGAGUUUGUUGGCAUAUUUGGUUUCCGUCACAUGUUUGGCUUUAGAUUUGGAAAAUCUGAUUUUUACUUUUUGUGUUUAUUGAAAGCCAAGAGUAGAAAGAUUACAAUGGAUGAGAGAGAGCUCAGUAGGUGCAAAUGGGUUAACUUGGAGGACUAUUACAAGUUGGCUCCACUCAACUAUGUACAAUCAGUAAUCAGAGAUUCUGUGAGAGAAUACUUUAGAAGAAGUGAAGAAGAACGAAAGGCCUUAUUGUGGAGUAAUUUUGAUGUUGGAUAUAACACUAAAAAUUCUGCAGUCCUCUACCAUAGUGUUGAUCUACCUUUGAUUUCUAAGGAAAAUCAAUAUGCCUCCUACACUGAAGAUAAGAAUUACAAAUACAUGUACUCAUACUUGGCAGAACAACAAGAUGAAUAA